AUGACGGCGCCACUGAGAGCUCUAAAAAGAGUUAUAAAGUCGACAUUACCCCGAUUCCAUCGCAUGUACCUAUCCACUUCGCCCUCAACGGCCUCCAAACCUCCCCUUUCCGAUCAACAUACAGGCGAUGUUCUGUUUUCUUAUACCUCUGGACGCUGGCUAUGGGACGAAGCAGCCCAGCUUCGGAAACGCUACCAGCCGUUCAAUGUCGAGGAACUCAAAAAAGCAGCGGCCAGAUCAGUUGAUGCGAAACACUGCGUCAACCUUACAAAAUUACCUGAAGGCUCAUACAAUAAAACAUUACUAUUAACAAUGGAUAAUGACGUCCAGGUCAUUGCUAAAGUCCCUAAUCCUUAUGUCUCUCAGCAAUUCGUUACAGCCAGUGAACUUGGUUUGCCCGUUCCGCGAGUUUUUGCGUGGAGCAACAAGAAAGACCAGCCCGUGGGAGUGGACAUUGUGUCCCAGUUGGCAAGUAUUCAGGUUACAGUAGCCUCUGCAGACUUCAGCCACUAUGGAAGCUUGUUCUACAAGGAUGAUAUCGAUGGGGGCAUCACUAUUCCCGGAAGAGCCGAUAAGUUCUGUAUCGGUCCCAGCUGCGACCUGCGAUUUUGGGAAGAGGAGAGGAGGUUCAUGGACGCAUUCAGAGGCCCUUGGUCGUCAUCCGAAGCAUACGCUAUGGGUAUUGCCAGGCGAGAGAAAGAAUGGAUCAGCCGGUUUGCAAAUCCUCGCCAUUCGGCAGACCCCUUGAGACAGUCCGAUAGCCAAGAGUCCCCGGACUGUCACAUUGAACUCCUGGACAGAUAUCUGAAACUGGUGCCUCAUUUGAUACCAUCAGAUCCAGGUCAGAAUCGAUCCGUACUCUGGCACGCCGAUUUGCACUUCGGGAAUAUCUUUGUAAAGGAUAACCAGAUUGUCAGCAUUAUUGAUUGGCAAGGCUGUUCUAGUCUUCCUAUUUCCCACGCAUGCAGGAUGCCGAAAUUCCUGAGAUUUCAAGGGUCCUUGCUUUUCGAUCUUCCCCCGGCCACAGGCCUCAGGCCAGAAGAAAAAGAGGACAAUCUACGAAGAUACCAGCUUACACAACUCCAGAGACUAUACAUUUCUAGGUUCCGCGACAUCGAUAAUGAUGUCUUCUCCGCUAUUUCGUUUCCUCAGGCUUUAACGCGACAGCAGCUCAUCGACUUUUCAGGGUACACGUGGGAUGACGAUGGCUUGUUUUUGUUCCAAGAGAUGAUGCUUCGAACAUGGCGCGAAUGGAUGGGAUUAACUGGCCAGCCACAGUCUUCUUGCCCUGUGGCAUUUACUGCCGAUGAGCUUGCGAGUCAUGCUGCCGAAGAGAAGAGCUGGGAAGACUUCGAAGCCAAGGUAGAGACGAUGCGCAAUCUAGUGAGCUCGAUCAUAGACUCUGCGGAUGACAAAGAUAGCGUGAAGGAGGCACUAAGAGCCUGGAAAUUAUCAGAUUUAGGGCCUGCAAGCCUGUCCGGUAAUCUGAUGAGUAUCUAG